UCCAUUGUUCCACGAUUUUAUUUUUUUCAUUGUUCCACGAUUUAGACCGAAAGGAGAAGGAAGAAGAAGAAGAAGAGAAGAAGAAGAAGAAGAGAAAAAGGGUGUUUGUAAUUGUAUCGAUCGGAAAAUGGCGACGUCGAUGAUACAGAGGAUGUUUAAGCAAGGCACGAAGAUCGUCUGCGUUGGUCGUAACUACGCCGCUCACGCCAAAGAGCUAGGCAACGCCGUUCCCAAGGAACCAGUUAUAUUCUUAAAGCCCACAUCAUCAUACUUGGAGAAUGGAGGAACAAUCGAGAUCCCACAUCCUCUGGAUUCACUUCACCAUGAAGUGGAACUCGCUCUAGUUAUCGGACAGAAGGCUAGAGAUGUACCAGAAUCAAUAGCCAUGGAUUACAUUGGAGGAUAUGCGGUUGCUCUUGAUAUGACUGCUAGGGAGCUCCAAGCUUCUGCUAAGGCAUCUGGUCUCCCGUGGACGCUUGCUAAAGGACAAGAUACUUUCACUCCAAUCAGCUCUGUUCUGCCAAAGGCGAUGGUGCAUGAUCCUGAUAAUCUAGAACUUUGGCUCAAGGUCGAUGGUGAAACAAGACAGAAGGGUUUGACAAAAGAUAUGAUCUUCAAGGUCCCAUACCUCAUCAGCUACAUAAGUUCUAUAAUGACCCUUUACGAAGGAGAUGUCAUCUUGACAGGUACACCAGAAGGUGUUGGACCUGUAAAGAUAGGCCAGAAGAUAACCGCAGGGAUCACGGGUCUAUCUGAAGUUCAAUUCGAUGUCGAUAGACGUGUAAAGCCUUUGAGCUAAGUGUUGUUUUGUUUGUUGUUGUUUUGUUUGUUGUUGUUUUCUUUCGUAUAAAAUGUGAAAUCAUUUGUGGUAAUAAAUCGUCUCUAAUUUUCAUCA